AAUGUGCAAAUUAUUAUUAUAAUAAGUAUGUUUUGUAUAUAAACAUGUGUUAUCUCAAGUUCAAGACAUUCCGGCUCCUACAGUCAACAGAUACAGUGCACAAAAAUGUUAAAAAUAUAUUUAAUUUGUUUGUCUUACUUGUUCAUGUUAAACUUAGACAGGGCACAAUGCACCCCCCAGUAUUGGUUCAACAUGGAUGCGAAUGGGUGGCUGAAAGUGCACACGGUACCCGCCACGUGGGAGGAAGCAUUCCUUCGGUGUCACUAUGAAGGUGCGGUACUUGCGUCCCCCUUGACGCAGCAACUGAGUAAGGCUCUUCAAGACAAGUUUGCAGGCAUCGGUGACCCAGCAAUCCACUUGGGGACACAUGAUUUGUACUCCAGUGGUUACUACUUUUCUGUAGAAGGAGUACCAAUGGACAGCUUGGUGCUGAAAUGGAGUAAUAUCAGAGGUACGGGCGACUGCCUGGCGAUGUCACGCGACGGGGAAGCAUUUUUCACGAAAUGCGAGCAACCUCGACCCUACAUCUGCUACAAGAAGCUGGACAAUCUGACGAUGAACAUCUGUGGAACAUUUGAUGACGCUUAUCAAUUCUACGAUAAGACUGGCAGCUGCUAUAAGAGACACAACGUCUAUCAGACAUGGCCUGACGCGUUCAAGAUAUGCGCUGCCGAGGGAGGGUACCUGGUGAUCCUGAACGAUGACACAGAGGCCGCCAUCAUCAAGGAUAUGUUCCCCGUACGGCCAGGAAAGCCCAACGAAUGGGAGAACUUCCACGUGGGGCUGCGGGCAUGGGGACCGGAACGUACUUGGAUCACUAUUCAUGGAGAAAACAUUGAUGAUGUAUACCAUAAUUGGAACCCGGGACAGCCGGACAACUACAAGGGAGUCCAAGAAACUGGCGCUUUAGUUAGAAAAGGCACUUUAGACGAUCAUGCCGCUGGUGACAAAUGUAUGUUUGUCUGUGAGAAGGAUCCUAAAGUAAAACGCUUCGAAGAGCUACCCGAAGGAUUGGCCGAAGUUUUAGGACAAUAGGCCGCUAGUCAAAUAUUGUUCAUAUACCUAAGUUUUAAUUAUGUAAAAAUAAUGUAAACAAAUUUUAAUCGAUUGCAGAAUUUAAUAAAUUUGAAACUUUAUUU